ACCCACCCUUCCCUCAACCCAAAAAGUAGAACCAAGCCAACCUCCCUCCCCAUGUUAUACCCACAACGUCUUCUCUUCAGCACAGAACUUCCUCUCCUCCCCUCUUGUCCCCUCCCCGACGAAAUUCUCCCGCCCCGAUUCCUCCGCGAGCGAACGAACGACGCCUGCGUACUUGCCUUGGCUCCCUCUUCUCGCAUUCGCAUACGCAUACGCAUACGCAUACCUGCCACGACACGCUCUUGAGCCUGAACAUGCGCCCCUGGUCGUGCCCCAUACCCUCCUCUCCACCUCUAUGAACAGCACCGUUGGCACCUCACACUUGCCCUGCUCUGCUCCCCGUUCAUGAUCACCGCAUAAGCCCCGAGCGCGACCCGCCAUGCCUCUUCGACAGGGGAGAGCAGCAGCAGGCAGCAGUGGCCUCGGCCCCGGUCCGCCGGCGGCCGCGGACGCAGCUGCUACAGCACUGGGACCGCGCGAGCGCGCCAAGCCAGACCUCGCCGCGCUCAAGGCCCAGCACCGCGAGCAACAGCUGCGCAAGCAGCAGCAGCGCAAGAGCUCUUCCGCCAGCCGCGGGCCCUCGCGGCCCGCGGCCAAAAAGGCUGACGGGGCAGCGGGAAUUGGCAAACUGGGCAGCAACCCUGCCUCAGAUGACGAUGGCGGCGAUGGUGGAGAUGCAGACGCGAACGGCGAUGCCGCCUUCAGCACGACGUCCGAGUCAGACGGGCGCAGCGAUGACGAAGAGGCCGCCGCACUUGCCGAGAUGGAUGGGCAGGAGCUGUGGGCUCAGACGUAUUGCUGCAUCUGCGACCGGCUCAUCGAGCCGGGCACCGGCAUUGCCGCCAACGGCAAGCCGGUCAACGCCAGCGCCGCAGCUGAGGCGCUCAAGAAGGCGAUCGAAGCUGCCGCCGCCGCGCAGGCAAGCCGAAACGCAACGAGAGCCGCCCCCAAGCUUGGCGCUGCGUCUCCCCUCAGGCGCUCCGGCAGCGCCGGCAGCCGCGUCAACCCGCUCAGCGAGCUGCGCCCGACGACGAGCGCCAAUAGCAACGGCCAGCAGCAGCACCGCAAAGGCGAGCACAAGGGCACUGCAUCCGGUGGCGGCGGCGCAGCAGGGCAUCCGCAGCAGCAGCACUCGCGCCCCCACUCGCGCGAAAGCAGCGUCUCCGCCAGCAGCACGCGUAGCCGCAAGUCGCCAGCGCGCAGCCGGCGCAACUCGGCCGUGAACAGGAAGGCAGCAGCAGCUCUCGCAAGCGCCAACAGCAGCGAAGAGCCCUGCUCGCCCGUCGAGCCGCGCUCCGGCAUGGCGACGCCGCCGGGUAUCGGUUCAGGCCUCGCGCGCUCGCAGGAGGAGAAGCGGCUGCGCAAGGAGGGCCUCUUGCAGAACGGGUCUGCCGGCGGGAUCGGUGGUGGUACUGGUGCUGCCGCAUCAGCAGUCGGUGGCGGCGGGAUCCUCGGCCCGCUGACGCCGAUGCUGCUCAAAGAGCAAGAGCAGCUCGAGAACGCCAUGGCGCGCGCGCCUCAGGCGCUCUACUGCUCGCAGGCUUGUCGCGAGAUGGACGAGCAGCGCAGCGCAGCGCUCAUCGACGUCAACCCGUACAUGACAACGAUGGUGACUGCGAUGACGACGAGCGCAGAGCACCCCGCGCCGCCGCUUACCGCGUGCUCCCUAUCGUUCGGAGCUGGCAGCUAUGGCGCUGCCGUCGGCGCCAACGCGUGGGGAGCUGCGAUGGUCAUGCCACCCCCCGGCCCAGGCACGCCUGGCACCUGGAGCGUCAGCGGCCCGCCGAGUGCAGGCCUCUACACCGCAUCUGCCGCGCCAUGGGCGCAGAUGCCGAUCGGACCCAGCAGCAUGGGCGGUGUCGGCGCCGGCAGCUUCAGCGCCAGCGCCGGGAGCGACAGCUUCGGCAGCGGUUACUUCCCGGCCGAUGGUACGUCGUGGGGACACAAGAGGCCAAAGAGCAGCCAGAGCGGCGUCGCGUACUUCGCCGAAUCGAGCUAUGCGUAUGCAUAUCAGUACGCCUAUCCGUAUGGCGCUCCAGGCGGCGUAGCAGCUGCAGCGUACGCCCCGUCCCGCGCCAGUUCCAGGACGCCCGACCUGGACUGCACAUGCGCCGAGUGCCAGGCGACCCUGCGCGCCAUGACGCUCUCGCGCAACUCGCGCUCGCGUGCCGCGACGCCCGCCAGCGUCGCCAGACCGAGCGAGACGGGCAAGGAGAAGGAGAAGGGGAAAGGAUCCGCGGUGGCGCUCGGUCACGCUGGCCCGCUCGACAACGUUUCCGCUAUACCCUCCGGCGCGUCUGACACGACGGAGAGCAGCGGUGGUUACCCCUACGGCCCCGUCCCGCCCGGCGUAGGAGGAGCACUGAGCUCAACGGCCGCGGGCGCGGGAACGAUGCGCGCCAAGAAGCGCACGCAGAGCGGACGAGUCGAGACGCCGCUUAACCUGCUGCCUGGUCAGGCGGCCGCGGGCGACUACUUUGCUUCUGCUGCGCAUCAGCAAGGAGCGGCAGGAAGACAGCAGCAACAACAACAAAAGGACGCCGCGUCAUUGGGAAUCGGGAGCGCUAGCACGAAUGGCACGGAGGACAGUACGUUGAGUUGGUGGGAGAAGCCGCACAAAGCGCACUCGCAGUCCCGCGCCGCUGCUCCCCGUAGUCCCAGGAAUGACAGGCCCGACGCCAACGACACAAGGAGUGCAGCAGACGGCAUUGCGGCAGCCGCAAACGCCGGCGCGGCUGGCGUUGAAGCUGGCGACAAGAAGGACAAAUGCAAUGCCGAAGCUGCUGCUGCUUAUCUUGAGACACGUCCGCUGCCCCCUCGUCGAAGCAGCACCGUCAGCACCUCAAGCCCCAGCGGCAGCCCGUCGUACACACACAACGCCAGCCCGCUGCGGCUACUAAAACGCGACAGUACCAGCGCUGCGGCUGCAGCACCGUUGACCGACGUCAACGAUGCAAGCAGCAGCACCACCAACAACAGUGCUUCUGCUGCUACUGCGGCGGCAGCUGUAGCGACUGUAGCGACUGCUGCGCAGCCGAGCACAAGCCUCAGCAAUGCGUCCGGCCUUCUCUCGCGCAGCCUCGCGAGCGAGUACACAGAGCUCGGCACGAGCGCUACGACCACGGGCACUUUCGACAUGGCGCGCUCAUCGACCAUACGCGAUCGCCGUCAUGUUGCUGCUGGCGGCAGUAGCAGCUUUGGCGGUGUCUCACGGCAUCGUACCCACUUGGCAAUGGAUACCUCCGUCGGCGCAACGUCGCUCGCAACUUCUGGUACCCCUGUCGCAACUAUUAGCGCGACGCAGGCAGAUCCACUCGUUGAUGGCGGCGCCCACGCGCCCGUAACUGGCUAUGGGCCUUUCCGCAGCGACGUGGGCGAAAGCGCUGGCGCAGAAAGUAUCUCUUCGGCCAUAGAGAGCCUUCGGCUGGCGCAAGCGCGCAGCUCCAUCGAACAACUUCCAUCCCACGGAUCGCUCUCGCGGCUUUGGGGCUCGUCUGCCGCUGCUUCACGCCGCGGCGCAUCGGCUAAUGCAGACGAAGGGGCCCUGUCGCCUGAGAGAGGACAUGGCCGCCGCGGCUCUCAUCGCUGGUCCGUGUACAGCGAGUCGAGCUCCAAUGGCCGCGGCGGUAGUGCUGAACUAGGCUCACUUGGUAGCAGCAGCAGCAGCGGAUGGUGGAGAUCUCUCGUCCCUGCAUGGGCUUCCAUCAAGGCUCUGCAAGCCUUGUCCAACAGCCAGGACUCGGAUGAUGAAAGGGAGGACGCUGUUCGCGGCGCUAACGCUACUGCCCACGUUGUGCAGUACCCCUCUGAGGAGCUUGUCGGGCCUAGUCCUGGUCUCGUCAAGCCGUCUGGUCGGCGAGACCAGGUUCCUGAUUUCGCACAUGAGAUUGGACACGGCGCCAUCCCUGGUGAAGGGCGUGAGCUGGAGCAGGGUUCUGCGCUCGGCCCAAGCGUCGAAGACGAUGCAGAGGCGCUUCGGCGCCGCAAGGCCGAGCGAGAGCGAGCUCACAAGCAUCAACGCAGCAAGGACGCCCACGUGCUCCCGCCGCUUCUAGCACCGAGCAGGUCUAGUAGCAAUACCAACCUUCGCAUGGCGCAUCCCAGAGCUUCACGAUCUGGCAGUCAGAGCUACACUGUCUUCAAUGGUACCGUCGUGCCUUCGCCUUUCCACGGCUCCUUCGGGGCCGCCCGAUCGACGACUCCAGGCGUGCCCUCGAUGUACGGCGUGUACCGCUCGACCACGCCGGGCGCCAUCGGAUCCAGUGUCGCGCCUCCGUCACCAGGUCUCCGCGCCAUGCGUAACCCAGCCAACAGAGGCUCCUGUGCUAACCUGCCAACACUCGGCGAAGCCAUGAUACGACCUCCUUCAAGGACUGGAAGCGCGAUGGGUGUGCAUGCUGGGAGCCUCAGCGCCAGUCCACGUAGAGCCGGCCUCGGCUGGGGUCCUCUUGCUCCUCCACCGCCUCCUUUAAACGACGCCGCUUACCCCCACGUUCAUGCACCUGCAAAUAUCGUGGGAAGGCCUGGAGGGGCCAUUGUCACACAUCCUCACGCGCAUCGGCAUCAUCAUCAUCAUCAUCAUCAUCAUCAUCAUGCGCACGGCGGCCACCAUGGUCAUCAUCAUGGCCAUGCCAGUUAUGACAGCUCUACGCAUGAGCGCCCGCCAGCGGCGCUGUGCGGCUCCUUCGAGGAGGCGCAGCGUCACGUCGGCGACCAGCUGUCGCGCCCAGGCAGCGCAAUCGGGCAUGGAUCGCGACACCCGAGGCCGCGCAGUGUAUACGGGUCGUACGGCCAUGCGGCGCCAGAAGGCAUGCAUCCGAGCAUGUCCGCCGUCCAACUCUCACGCGCACCUUCCAACGAACCUACACGAACUUGGAGCUAUGAGCGCAUGCCGGGCCUCAAGACCUAUCCUGUCAUGCAACUGCCAAAUCGGAAACCAACACACGAUGUCUACGAUAACUGGUCCGAAGCCCUGGCUAAAAAGCCACUCGCAGAGGACCCUGCCGAGGAGGCCAAAGCGGAUGCCGAAGCAGACCACACACCUUCCACGAUAAAAGGAGAUGCACAACGCAAAAAACUGUUCUUCUUUUCAGACCCAUAGAGAUUUCACGCACAUCAUCAAAGGCAUUUAUGGGCUAUUUCUCACUUGCAUUUGUACAGUAUAUGUAUGCAGGCAUGGUUUAUGAUACAGAUAAGGUUACAACAUUUCGUGCUGAUGUCUUCUGCGCCGGUGUUACCACAAGCGAGAGCGAACCAUGGUGUAUCGACUGACGUCGAGCAGACUGGUCUGCUUUGAUCCGCCCUUGCUCUCAGCCCAUCUGGGUUGUCCAUUGGGUACUUCUGCCCCAAGGAACGUAGA